AUGAACGUAUUCAUCACAGUAGGAGGUCGCUUUUGUAUCGUUUGUUUACCGGAGUCGAUAAUCACCCAGGUGGCCGAACGAAUGGGAAAAAAGGAGAUACUUCUUCUACAGACUUUUCUUCCUACUACGAUAGUGAUUCCUCUUUAUUUACUUUAUGACCAUCAGUAUGAAAUGGGAAGUAUUCCAAUGUUUUUGACAGCCACUAGACCAGAUUUUGACCAGGUCAUUUCCGUCAUAAAAAUGACUUUUCGAACUUCCGCAUUUGCGAUUUCUUUUUUCGCUUACAUAUAUAUGUUUUGGAUGAUACAGAAAAAAGCAAAACGCAAGGAAACGAACAUUUUGAUUCAUGGAGGAUGUCUCAUGUCAGCACUUGGAGGUUCUUCAAUUUUUGAUUUUCAUAUGGGUGCGAUCGACAAAAGCCACGGAUUAUUUCUAUUUACGGCAAUACUGUGGAUACCGUGCACCAACAUUAUAACGACUUUUUGCGUUAUCAUUUUACUACGGCGGCGCCUACGUCCAUCAAGCGAAGCAAAACUUCCGAAAAUAUUUAUCACCAUAGCCUAG